GUCACCUCCUGUAGGGGUGUUUCCCUUUACCGUCCUUAUCUCUUACCCUCUGACAGUCCAGACAAACAGUCAGUUGUUCAGCCAUUAUCUGCUGCUCACACGAACCCCAGGGCUCUGUUUGGCAUUUGGCAUUGAGAAAACUCAAAUCAGUGAGCAGAAAUAUACUUUUUAUAGUUUUUUGGGACAGGAGAGCAGAAGCAUCCGAGGGACUAAGCAGAACACAGACAGGUUAACGAGAGUCUGACAGCCACUGUCAUGGGAAAUACCACCAGCAGCGCAAUAUCCAAGGAGAUCCUGGAGGACCUGAAGCUCACCACCAAAUUCACCGAGAUGGAAAUCUGCCAGUGGUACGAGAACUUUCAGAAACAGUGUCCCACAGGGCGCAUCACGCCAGGGGAGUUCGAGGAGAUCUACGCCCGGUUCUUCCCCGAAGCCGACGCCAAGAGCUACGCGCGGCAUGUGUUCCGCUCUUUUGACACCAACGAUGAUGGCACGUUGGACUUCAAGGAAUAUAUCAUUGCCCUGCACAUGACCUCCAGCGGGAAGACCACCAGGAAACUGGAGUGGGCCUUCUCCUUGUUCGACGUGGACAAGAACGGGUACAUCAACAAGUCGGAGGUGAAGGAAAUCUGCCAGGCCAUAUUUAAGCUGAUCCCAGAGGAGGAGCAGAAGAUGCUACCAGCGGAUGAGAACACACCCGAGAAAAGGGCCAACAAGCUGUGGGCUUACUUUGACAAGAAAGACAACGAACGGCUGGCUGAAGGAGAGUUCAUCAAGGGAGUGAUUGAAAACGAGAAUGCGAUGCGUCUCAUUCAGUACGAACCCCUCAAACAAUGAAGUCCUUCCUCCCUUUCCUUGAAGCUAUUUACUCCUCUUCUUAUCAGUCGUUCGCUUCAGUCGUCCAUAUGUGUAAAUACUCAUUACUGCUCUGUCUCAAUCCUAACUUUAAAGACAGUUUUUGAUUUUGUUUUAACUGUUUGUGAAUACAUUUGGAAAUAAUAGAACCCAGUAGAGGCAAAUAAUGAAAUAGCGCUUGUUUACAGCCCAAACAAAUACCAAAACUACACAAAAACGAAUGCAAUUAAAAGAGCAGUAUGCAUCCGUUGUAAGAAUAAUAAUUAUUUUACUGUCCCGCAAUAGGGAAAUUGCACUAUUGGUAAAUUUGUAAAGUAUUUAAAAAAAAUUGGGUCGGCAGAGGAUAAUAUCAGAAAUACUAAACCUAAUUGUUAGAUUGUUACAGCUUUUUUUUUUACAGACUUUAAAUAUCUUGAUUGAGUUUUUAGCUCACGAGUGUUGUGCUUUAUUCACUGAACAACAAAUUAAAGGUUUUCUCAUACA